AUGGAAAGGAUCGUCGGAGGAAAAUUUAAACUCGGACGCAAGAUCGGCAGUGGAUCCUUUGGCGAAAUAUUUAUAGCUACACAUAUUCAUACAUUUGAGAUCGUUGCGGUGAAGAUCGAAAAUAAUAAAACAAAGCACCCACAACUUCUUUAUGAGGCCAAGUUAUACAAUAUUCUUCAAGGAGGAAGUGGUAUACCUGGUAUAAAAUGGUCUGGCCAGGAUGGGGAUGAUAACGUCCUUGUCCUUGAUUUGCUGGGACCAAGCCUUGAGGAUCUUUUCGUGUACUGUGGUAGAAAGUUCUCGCUGAAAACUGUCUUGAUGUUGGCUGAUCAAAUGAUAACUAGAAUAGAAUUUGUACAUUCUAAAGGGUUUCUGCAUCGGGAUAUUAAGCCAGAUAACUUUCUCAUGGGCCUUGGACGAAAAGCGAAUCAGGUUUACGUUAUUGAUUUUGGCCUUGCCAAACGAUAUCGAGAUUCGACAACAAAUAGGCAUAUACCCUACAGGGAAAAUAAAAAUCUGACAGGGACUGCUCGGUAUGCAAGUUGUAAUACUCAUCUUGGGAUUGAGCAAAGUCGGCGGGAUGAUCUAGAAUCUCUUGGAUAUGUACUUCUGUAUUUCUUGAGAGGAAGCCUUCCGUGGCAGGGUUUGAAAGCUGCCACAAAGAAACAAAAGUAUGACAAAAUAUGUGAGAAAAAAUUAUCCAUUCCUAUUGAGGUGUUGUGCAAGUCCCAUCCAGUAGAAUUAGCUUCGUAUUUCCACUACUGUCAUUCAUUGACAUUUGACCAACGGCCUGAUUAUGGAUUCUUGAAACGCCUCUUUCGUGAACUGUUUACUCGCGAAGGAUAUGAAUUUGAUUAUAUAUUUGACUGGACAAUUCUCAAAUAUCAGCAAUCACAAAUAAGUAAAACACAACAACGGCCAAAUGCUGGUGAGAGCAGUCGUCCAAUUCCUAUGGAUAUGGAAAAGCAACAAGGCAAUAAUGGUUCUUAUUUAGUUGAUUUGGGUCAACGGAUGAGAUCAAACAAUGCCGCUGGUAGUUCUAGCAUCCGUAUGGAAUUUAAAUCGUCAAGAAAUCGAAAUUUGACUUCCGAGAAUCCUCUUAAAAGAAAUAUGAUGAGCAAUGCGCACAUGCCAUCUACUUCAUUUGCUUCUGCUGCUAUAGCGAAAGGAAAUGACUCAAAACCUUUGGAUCUCUUCUCUGCGCCGUAUUUCUUCUCCCAAGUGACUGAUAAGGUAGACACCAAGAUGAACCACUGCACAUGCAGUGGAUUUGGACUUAUUUAG